AUGGCCGGUGGAUUUGAAAUUCCCACAUCUGACACUGGCUGUUCAAAAGGAUACUUCAGAACUGAGAUCGUUGACGAACCCUGCCGUCCAUGUAAGGAAGCAACAGUAGCAGACAAGGCCAAUGCGACGUUUAGAACCGAUUGUGAACAAUGUCCAAUUGAUGGAAAACAUGGUGCUGCGUGUGUUAACUGCAGUGAAGGGUGUGCAGAUAAGAAAUGCGAUCGUCGGACUGGUGUCUGUGACAGCUGUAAACCUGAGUAUUAUGGGCAUGAUUGCAUCAAGUGUAACAACUGUGAUCAGUGUAACGAUAAAGGUGUCUGCAAUGGUAGCUGUAACCACGGGUGGUUUUCGGAUAAUUGCGAUAGUCCAUGCCCCACUGAAUGUGCAUAUGGGUCAUGUAAUAUUGGUGGCAGGUGUCUUGGAUGUCACAAAUCAUUUUUCGGUAGAAGUUGUGACGAACCCUGUCCUAAGACUUGUCUGAACGAAUCUUGUCAACAAGACGAUGGCCGGUGUACUGCCUGUAAGGAUGGUGUCUAUGGAUACAACUGUACAGACAACUGCAGCAGCCAUUGCUCAAACACAAGUUGUCACCAAACUAACGGAUCAUGUGUUCAUGGCUGUACACCUGGUUUCUAUGGAGACUCGUGUGACAGAACGUGUCUCGGGAUGUGUCUUAACAACUCCUGUGACCGCGCAGAAAGCACGUGUAAAGAGGGUUGCAGCGUGCCCGGUGUAUACGGUCCUUUCUGUAACUAUACCUGUAAUGGUACCUGCGAGUCUGUGCGAUGUCAGAGGGAUGAGUCUGGUGAUAUGUUGUGCAGUGCUGUAUGCAUCACUGGUAAAAUGGGAGAUCGCUGUACAGAAGACUGUCCUAGAUCUUGUAACGGGUCAUGUGACCACCUAUCGGCUAGAUGUUUGAAUGGAUGUAAAUCUGGUUACUAUGGAAAUAACUGUUCUAAAACGUGCUCUGAUAACUGUCUCGCAGAUAGCUGUCUCCAGCACAACGGGACCUGCACGAGUGGGUGCAAAUCUUCCUUCUAUGGUGCCACGUGCUCUAAGUCCUGCAGUGACAACUGUUCUGUAUGUGACCAAGACACAGGGAGAUGUACACAGUGUGUGCACGGGAUAUACGGCGAUAUGGCGAGAACUGCAAUCGAACAUGCCCUGACCCUUAUGCUGCGUGUCAUAAG